AUGAUUGAUGCCUGUGACCACGUCCCGAUUCACGGCACCACCAUCUUUGGCCGUUCACCGAAGUUGAGGGAUGUGCGUAGAAACCUUCAGGGCUACACCCGCUGCUUUCGGCCCCAAGACUACUACAGUUAUCAGAAACUGGCAGAAUCAGUUGUUUGGGCUGAGAUCCUUUUCGACGAAAGAACCAACGGCGCCAAAGAUUUGCGCAAGCGCUGUGUGUUUGCAUCAGCAACGUUGGGCCUGCUGCUAUGUCUCACUCUCUUUCCAUGGCCCGCUGUCAUGGAAGUUUUUCAACCGACUUUGCCACCAUCAUCCUACAAUGUCUACAAAGGCUUUGAGGACAGCAGCGAAGUUCUUGCUGCCAAAGAGGUUCUCUUGUCCUUGAAAAUUGCUUUUCUGGCACCCUGGACAUCAACUUCUGCGAUUACUUGGCCGUUUUUUGCGUUACUGGCCAUUCUCUCCGAACGUUUGGCAAAUGUUUGGGCUCCAGACACCGACUCCCAGAUGGAACGCCUUUGGAAAAGCUGGCUGAGCUCAGGCAAUUGGUCGGUCCCAGAUGUGGAAGCUGGUGAAAGCCGCAGUGGGCAUCCGUGUGAUGCAGAGAUUGCCCUCUCAGCAGCCCAUGCCGCGGCGCGCGUGCAGCCCAUCACGACUGAAUUUCAGAGUUGGGACAGCUUAUCCUUGGCUCCUGCUGCUGCAGCCCAAAAAGUGGUCUGGCAAUGCUUGGAGGAGUUUCAAGAUGAAGGUCUUGUGCGGUUGGUCACAACACCUUGGGCUACACUUUGGAGAGGCCUAGACCGACUCACCGCUGCAAGAGACGUCACCGUGUCGUUGAAGUUCAGAAUGGAAGAAGCCAGGAUCCACUUGUCUGAGGGAAGCCGGAUUUUGUUGGCGAACAACAGCAUGCCAGUGACUUUCCCUAUGAGUCUUCAUCCUCCACACAUUCUGGGACUUCCAGAUGCUGAAGAUGGCUACUGGUUCCUGGCUGAUCGCAUCAGGGCCUUUGAAUCCCCACACUGCAAUCCUGCUUUCCAGGCUGUGGCGGAGAUGCUCGACUUCCACCGGACAUUGAAGGGAAGCCACUGGCCACUUUAUUUGGUCGACAUAGGAGCUCAUUUGGGCGACUGCUGCUUGUGGGCAGCAUCUCGAUGGCCCACAGGAGCCAACAUCCUGGCAGUUGAGAUGAGACAAGAUCACGCAGCGAACAUUCGCCGUGCAUCGAAACUGGCGCAGCAUCCUGAAGGUGUGCUGCAAGUCCGAGCCACCAAAGUGGUUGCAGAAGCCGAUUGCAAUCAGGAGGAGGUGUCCACCGUGGAUUGCUUUUUGGACCACUGGGCUCCCAGCGAAGUUCACCUUGUCAGCAUGUACCUGGGAAAUGGCUUGGAACUGAAGGCCCUCCAUGGAGCUCUCAAAUCGCUACGAACUGGUCGUUUGCAAGGUGUUUUGGUCAGGAAAGAAACUGCUGUGGCCAUUGCCAAAGCUGCAGAGGUGCGGACGGAGCUGGCUGCAUCGCAGCUGGAACUCACCGAAGAACGGCAGGCCAAGAGAAAGCUGAAUGAGCAGACGGACUAUUUGAAUCAGUUGAUUCGCAAAACGGAGGGAAAUGCAGCCAGCUUGCGAGAGGAGCUGGCUCGUGCCAGGGCUCAACUUCUUUCAGAGGCACAGGAAGCAGAUCAUGCUGCCAAGGCCGCCCGAGAGCUGGCUGCGGGCCUGGCAGAAGCGCGGGCUUCGCAAGCUGCCCGGGAGGCGCAGGAGGCCAACCUGAAGAUUGCAACGACCUCGACCUCAGAGAUGCUUCUGCGAAGUCAAGAGGCUUCACGACGGCAAGUUGCAUCACUUCUGGCGUCUGCUCUGGAGCGACUGGUGCACCGCGCAUUUCACGCGUGGCACACUGCGAAGGCUCUGCGCCUCCAAGCAGAGCAAGCACAAGAAGCUUUGGCACAAAGGCGAGAGCUGGAAGAAGUGCGAGCGGAGUUGGCAGCAGCAGCUUCUUGUCCGGAAUGUGGUAGCAUCUACUUGGCCGAUGCGGUGUUCUGCCGCCAUUGUGGCCGAAAACGUGACCAGGUGGACGAAGAGACGUUGGCAGAAGCCAAAGAGGCAUCAAACCUCAGGAAGCUGGUGGAGUCUUUGAAGCAAGAGGUCUCCGCGGCGAGCCGCGAGGAAUCUCGUGAACUGAGUCGCCUCGAUGAGGAAAGGUCCCGAGCACUUUCGCAGCUGCGUGUGUCUGAAUCUGGAAGCGCGCAGCUGAGGGAGGAGUUACAGGACUCCAGGCUCGAUUUGCAGACACUGCGAGAAGAGCUGCAGCUGCUCCAGCUGUCUCGGUCCAGUGAAACUGAGAACCUCGAGUUGCAUGAUGAGCUGCAGCAAGCAAGGUCCGAUUGCAUCAGCGAGCUCCAAGCGCGUUGUGAGGAAUCGGAGCGAUGCAGCGAAUUGGAGAGCCAACUUGCUGAUGUGAGGCAGCAAGUGUCUACUGCAAAGGCUGAAGCCCAGGAGGCACGUGCUGCAGCAAAGCGUCAUGCGGAAGAGCAUGCACGAGAGGCCACCGAGGUUGCUUCAUUGCAACUCAGCUUGGCACAUGCAGCGGAUGAGGCAGCUCGAGCCUCUGCAUCCCUGGCAGAGGUGAAGGCACAAAAGAAUCAGGAGCUCGCAGUGCCAAGCUUUGCAGCUGCACGUGCUGUGGAGAUGGCUUUGGGCCGUAGAGAAGAGGCGGCACGACGCGUGCUGUCUACACUCUUGGCCUCGCAGUUGGAGUCGCUGCUGCGGCAAACCUUCGACGCCUGGCACGCCGCCAAGGCAUCAUCAGCUCGUGAGGAAGCUUUGGAAAUCAAGGAAAAAGAAGUUGCUAAGAUAGCGACUGAGUUGUUGAAGAGCGAAGCUACUCAGAUGCUGAUGACGCGCAAGGAAGAGACCCUGCGACACUGGGUGGCAACAUUGCUAUCUUCGUCAGCAGAGACGCUGAUGCUGAACACUUUUCGUGCUUGGCAGUCUGCAAAGGAUCUUCGCUUGCAGGAAGAACAGCUCCAGGAAGCUCGAAAUCAAAGGCUGAUAAACUCCGAGAGUCUGCAGACUUUGAAAGAUGAACUACAGGAAGCUUUGUCUCAAGAGGCGAAGCUAAGAAGCCUGAAAGAUGAAGUGCACGAAGAGAGGACCAACCAGAUGAACGAACUGGAUAAGUUGAAAGAUGAGCUUGAAGAUUUGAGGUCCAAUGAAACCAAGAAAUUCAAAGCUCUGAGAGAAGAGUUGUCCAGCAAAUCUGUUUCCAUAGAGACAUUGCAAGAUGAACUGCAAGCAGCCAAGCAGCAAACUGCGCUGGCGUGUGAGGAGGCGAAGGAGGCACGUGUUGCUCACGCCAGUGCUGAGGCUCAGGUGGCCCAAAGCUCCAAAGAUGUUGCGGAGGCAGUGGAGGCGAGACGAAGGGAACAGGAGCUUGCAGUUCCAAGCUUCGAUGCAGAGCAGGCACAAAAGAAUCAGGAGCUCGCAGUGCCAAGCUUUGCAGCUGCACGUGCUGUGGAGAUGGCUUUAGGCCGUAGAGAGGAGGCGGCACGACGCGUGCUGUCUACACUCUUGGCCUCGCAGUUGGAGUCGCUGCUGCGGCAGACCCUCGAUGCCUGGCGCGCCGCCAAGGCUGACCGUCUUCAAAGUGAACUUAUUGUGGCACAAGCACAGGAGCUCAAAGCAAUGAGGACGGAUCUGCAAGAACUGCAAACGCAAAUGAAAAAGGCACCAUCAGGUCCAGCAGAAGUUUCGCCGAUGCAGGGAAAAGAAGUUGCUAAGAUGGCGACAGAACUGUUGAAGUGCGAAGCUUCUCAGAUGUUGAUGAUGCGAAAAGAGGAGGUCUUACGACGUUGGGUUGCGUCCUUCCUGGCUUCACAGACCGAGCUGCUGUUGCUCAACAUGCUGAGAGCCUGGAGGAGCAUUGCCAAUCAAUAGACACAAA